ACUGCAUGAGCUCACGCAACAUCAAUAUUACAGUCACAGUUGACAUUGGAAAUUCGAGCAUCUCCGGUCUUCUUUGGUUUCGUUUUAUAUAGUAGCCAGGAAAAUUGUGAUAAGAGAUGGGCCUUACAAUCUCAAACCUCUUCCAGCGAAUGCUGGGUAAAAAACAGAUGCGGAUUCUAAUGGUUGGAUUGGAUGCUGCAGGAAAGACAACCAUCCUCUACAAGCUAAAGCUGGGAGAAAUUGUAACUACGAUUCCCACCAUUGGUUUCAACGUUGAGACGGUCGAGUACAAGAACAUUUCGUUCACGGUGUGGGACGUGGGUGGCCAGGACAAGAUCCGGCCGCUCUGGAAACACUACUUCCAGAACACGCAGGGACUCAUCUUUGUGGUCGACAGCAACGACAGGGAACGCGUGGCAGAGGCGCAGGACGAGCUCCAGAAAAUGCUGCAGGAGGACGAGCUGCGGGACGCCGUGCUACUCGUGCUCGCCAACAAACAGGACCUGCCCAACGCCAUGACGGCUGCCGAGCUCACCGACAAACUCAAACUCAACGAGCUCCGGGGACGCAAGUGGUACAUCCAGGCGGCGUGUGCCGCCCAGGGUCAGGGCCUGUACGAGGGUCUGGACUGGCUGUCGGCUGAGCUCUCCAAGUAACACCCGAGUGACGACGGCGCCUCAGCGGCGCCAGGGUUGUGGGACAGCAGGGACAGACCUCCGUGCCUGCGGGCCGCCGACGAACCGUGGCUGGUACACACGGGCGGCCGCGCGGUCACAGGACAUCGGACCGAGUGUGGGCGGCCGGCCGGCUGUGUGGGCUCUCUCACUGAGGGGAGUGUGGUCACAGGCUGCUGGUCCGAGCGUGCAGUGUCCCGGUCCGGACGGAAGGGAGUGCCACGUGUGACGGUCCGGGCGGGGCGUGAGUGCCGCGGUCCGGGCGGGGCGUGAGUGCCACGGCCUGGGCGGUGCGUGAGUGCCACGGCCCGGGCGGGGCGUGAGUGCCGCGGUCCGGGCGGGGCGUGAGUGCCACGGCCCGGGCGGGGCGUGAGUGCCACGGCCCGGGCGGGGCGUGAGUGCCGCGUCCCGGGCGGGGCGUGAGUGCCACGGUCCGAGUGGAGGGGAGGGAGCGCUGCACUCGGCUCGGCGGCUGCUCCAGUGAGCGGCCGCCAAAACUGCAUCUAUAGACGUUGUUUGAGACGGGGCAUCGAAGCCGUGCUACAUUCCUCUCGAUGCAAUCACAGUCACCGGUGCGGCUUCGCGAUUGUGUUCUCCGAUCUGUUUGUUGGGUGGGCACUGUCAUCGGAUUAUUCAAAUAUACAUAUAUUCUUUGAUGUGAAA